AUGAGUUCAAGAGAUCAAUAGUAAAAAGGUAAUGAAAUGUUAAAUGAGAAAGAGUUUGAAAAUAGUAGAGUUGAAAAUUUACCAGAUAAUAUAGAAGAAUCAUUAAGUAUGCUUAGGAAUAUCUAAAUUACUUUAAAUAAAGAGAAUCAUCUAAAUGUUGCAAGAAUUUUAUCAUUGGAAUUAGAUAAUAAGAGUUCUAUUAGAGUAAAAUAUGAAAUUGAUGGAGAUUCUUUAGAGAUCUUUUUAUAAAAAAGAAGAUCUUGUUUAAGAGAAAAUCAAAUCACUCAUAUAUUCUCUCAGAUUGUACAAGGUUAUCUUCAUUUAAAAAAACUUAAUAUUAUUUACAAUAAUCUUAAUAUUCAAAAUAUAUUUAUAAAGCAAAUUCAUAGGACAAAUAACUUCCUUGUUAAGGUUUAAAUAUAAUAAUAAAAUUAGAUUUCAAAUUAUAGUUAAGUUAUCAUUAAUGAUUUGGCAGAAAAAAGUAUAUAAUAGAAUGCAGAAAAUAAAAAUUAGACAUUUUAUCAUAAUGAGAAAAACUAAAUUUAUUUUGUAUAUUAUUAUUUAAUAAUAUUAUUAGUUAGGAAUAAUAUUAGAAUAAUUAUGUUUUGGAACAAAAUCUUAGAAUUAAUCUGGAUUAAAUAAGUAAUCUAUUUAAAAUUAGAAACUAGAUCAGUUUAAUCGUAAGAUCAACAAUUACCAUCGAAAUUAUAAUAAUUAAUAUAAUAAAUGAUUGUUGAUGAUGAUUAGAAAAGAAUAAGUUGGAAUGAAUUGAUAAUACAUCAAGAUUUAUAACUAACAUAUCUGUUAUUACAUUAAAGAUAUUUUAUUGAUUUAAAUGUUGUAAAAAAUGAAGAAUAUUUUUGUACUUUUGAUUUGAAAAAUGAAUAUCUAAAUUUGUUAACAAAACGUAUAGAUACAAACUUACACUAAAAUGAAAUAGAAUUUGUUAGAUAAAUGAAGAGCAAGGGAAGCCUUUAAAAUAUUAUAGAAUAUAUUGAAAUCAUAGAGGAGUAUCCUUUUACAUAUUUUAUAAUGGAAAAUUGGGAAUUUAAUCUUUACGAAUAUAUAAAUGAUAGAUAAUUUUAAUUAACAUUAGCUGAAAUCUUGUAAUUUUUAUAACAAAUUCUGAAAGCAUAUUUAGAAGUUUAAGCUCUAAAUAUUGUUAAAGUGAAAUUAAAUCCAUAAAACAUAACAGUCAAAUGGAAUCAAAAUAAUCAAAUUUUGUUUAAGGUAUUAUUAAUUCACAUCUUUAUUAGAUUUUAUUAAUAGGGUAAUUAAAAUAAUUUACUUUGGGUGAUAAAUCUCAUAUAGACAUGCUUCAUUAUGAUGCUCCUGAAAUUAUUCUUGGUUCAACUUAAAAUUAAUAAUCAGAUAUUUUCUCAGUAAAUUAUCUUUUAUAUUAAUAGUUAGGAGCAAUUCUUCAUUAUAUCACUUAUGGAAAAAAUGUAUACCCAUCUGAGUUAUAGAAUUUUCAAGAUUUAAAGGAAUAUUUGAAAACCAUCUAAUAAAAUGGUUUUGUGUGUUAAAAACCUUUUAAAUAUGUAUAAAUUAUUUUAGGAUUUAGUUCAAUGACUUCUAUUUGUAGCUAAUUGAUGAAAUGUUAAAAUAUUCAUCUCAAUCCAGGAUUGACUGGGAUAAUCUAGCAAAAAAAGUAAUAAUCGUUUUAUAGAAAUCGCAUAUAAUAUAUGGUCAAAUUAAUUAUGUAUAAAUGAAUCAAGAAGAAAAAGAACAUUUUCGUAAAAUUUGUAAUUUAGAUUAAAUUAUUUAAUAGCAAAGAUUUUAAAAUAACCAUUAAAAAAGAGCGAUAAGCUUAAAUAUAUAGAUUAAUUAUUAGAUCUUCAUCCUUAUAACAAAAGCUUAUAUUACUAAAAAGGUAUUGGUAAAUUAUUUUUAGGAUAACUCUUAUAUGGAAUGAGAGAUCUCCUUUAAUCAAUAGAAUGUUUCGAUUAAGCAAUAUAGAUAAAUCCUAAGAAUGAAUCUGCUUAUAGAAUGAAAUGUAUUUGAGACUUAAUAAUUAUUAGCUCAUCUUUUAUUCACAUUAGGAAGGGGUGAAGAUUAAAUUAAAUGUAUUGAGGACUUAAUAAGAAAUAAUCCAAAAUUUGACAAUUAUAAUUUAAAAGGUAUCUUAUUAAUUUAAGUCUAGCAUUAUCUUUACUAUAAAUGGGAAAGGUCGAUGAGUUAAUUGAAUGUUGUGAUUAAAUAAUUCAGCUAGAUCUAAAAGAUUACUUGGGUUAUGAAGUGAAAGGUUAGAUAAAAUCGAUAUCUUUCGUUAGCUCUUUUUCUACAAAGGUUAACAUUAUAUGACGAAGCCAUAAAAUAUUAUAAAUUGAAAUUCUCCCUUCAGCCUCAUUCUUGUGAUCUUAUAAAUAUAGGUAGUUAUUCUUUCAUAAAAAUAGCUGAGUGCUUACAUCACUUAGGAAAAAAUGAUGAAGCAAAUACACAUUAUGACCAAGCAAUUUAAUAAAAAUCAGAUGAAUCCUAUUAUUAUCAAUCAAAAGGUAUUCUGAAUGAAUAAUUUUUAAGCUAAAUUUUUAAGCCAAUUAGGUAAACUAGAUGAAGCUAUAAAUAUAUUAGAUUUAGGCAUCAAAACUAAUCCAAAAGAUCCAAUAUUUUAUAGUAUCAAAGGUUCAAUUUAAAAUCUAAAAUUUAGCUAAGUUCUUAAUUAAUAAAUAUGAUAUUAGUUUAAUUAAAAGAUAUAGGAAGAUAAGAUGAUGUAAUCAAUUGUUUAGAACAAGGAAUACAAUAUAAUCCAGGGAAUAUCAAAUUCCUAUUAUAAAAUGGUAUCAAAUCUAAUUAUUUAGCCUAAUUUGUAAAACAAAUUUACAAGUAUUAAGAAGCAAUCAAAUAUUUAGAUUAGGCAAUAUUAUUAAAUCCAAAAGAUGUUAAUAAUUAUUAUGAAAAAUGUAUUAAUGAUCAUUAUUAUUUACAAAAAUAGCUAUUUGCCUAUAAGCAUUGAAUCUAAAUGAUGAUGCAUUAAUAUGUUUUAAUUGGGCAAUACAAUUUAAUCCACAUGAUGAUAAGUUGUUUAUGAAAAAGGGUUUUCAAAUAUAUGAUUUAAUUAUAGGUGAAUUGUUAAAGGAUAUCAGGAGAUAUGAUGAGGCAAUUCUAUGUUUAAAUACAGCUUUAUAAAUUAACCCCACAUUAUUCUAUUGUUAUAUAUUGAAAGGUAAAUAAGGAAAUAUAAUUCUUUAGGGUAAUGUUUAUAGUUCUUGGGAAAUUAUGAAGAAGCACUGAAUAUUUUUACUUUUGCAUUGUAAUUGGAUCCAAAUAGCACAUGUUGUUAUGGAUAUAAGGGUAUUAUUUAUUUCUAAACUUAGGCAAUUGUCUAAUGGAAUUGAAAAAAUAUGAAGAGGCAAUUAAGUAAUUUAAAGAAGCUAUAUCAAUUUAUAAUGAUAAUUCUAAUGAUUUUUACAGAAUUGGUAUUCCUAAUUAGUUAAUAUUUAGCUAAAUGUUUACAAUAUUUAAGAAAUUAUGAUGAAGCAAUUAAUUAUUUUAAUUAAGCAAUCUAAUUAAAUCCAAUGGAACAUUAUUAUUAUUUUGAAAAAUGUUUGAAAUUUGAUAAUAUUUAAUAGAAAAUUGUUUAGAAGAAUAGAAGAAAAAUGAGAAAGCAAAACUUUGAGAAAAAAUCUGAUUAACAUUUGGUGUUUUGA